CAACAACAACAACAACAACAACAGUCCCAGCAAGCAAUAUUUAGGCUUCAACAAUUUCAACAAAAGCAUCAGCAACAGCAACAGCAAAUGCAUCAAUAUUUUCAAGUACAACAAAAAGACUUACAGAAGCACAAUAAUCUUCAAAAACAAAUACAACAACAACAUAUACAAAGACAACACCAAAUUCAGUUUCAACAACAAAAUGCUGCACUUAUUCAAAGAAUGCAACAAUUUCCUAUUGCUACUAGUCAGCCUAUUUUUGGGCAUCCAACUAUAGUUAAUAGUGUGCCUCAACAGACGUCACAAGCAAUAAAUUAUACAAGACCUCCACAAAGUCCCCAAUCAACUGUACAGUUCAAUCCACAACCAAGCUCUCAAUCCAGUCAACCGCAAAGUCAUCAAUCAAGCCCUCAAUUUGAUCCUCAACACUUACAGUCUCAGCAACAACAACAACAACAACAAGCAUAUUGGCUUCCUACGAAUGGUACUAUUCAUAAUACUGCCAUCUUUAAUCCAGUCACUCCUCCUACGUCAUCUAAUCCUCCUACACCUACAUCUACAACAUUCAAUACUACCGUAUCUCCUCCUCCCUCGUCUUCAAUCAUCAUUUCACCAAUAAUAGGUACAUCCUUUGUAAAUUCACCUAAUAAAAUAUUACCAAAUAGUUAUGCUAGCAAUACAACGACAACGACAACGACAACAACAGUAUCAGCAUCGGCAUCAAGUAUCAUCAUACCAACAGUUAUUGAGACGUCUCCUGCUCCUGCUCCUAUUCCUAUUCCUAUUCCUGUUCCUAUCCCGAAAUUACUACCUUCGAAAAAUGAAAUAUCUUAUUUACCUGGAGGUGAUUUUGCGCAUUUCUCAUUUAUGACUGGAUAUGCAAUUCAGCCAUUCAAGCUGAUACAUGAUGAAGAGUUUCAACGAAAGCAAUUUCAUAUUAAUUCUGAAACAUAUCGUCUGUUAUAUAAAAAUACAGAUCUAAAAAUCAACAAGACUGACACUGUAUUACCCAGAACAUAUAUCGUGAAUGCAUGGUAUUCAAAUACUUCAGAAAGGAAAUGUGAUUGGCCCGCAUCAGUCAGGGUAGAAUUAAAUGGACGAGAACUUCAUUUACAAAAGAGACAAAAACAUACGUCGCCUAAUGGACAAGUUACAUAUAUUGGAAAAGAUUUACCCUUUGAUUUAACAAAGUUAAUAAAAGUUGGGGAAAACACACUAGGACUUCAUCAGUUUGGAUGCGCCUGUUCAUUUCGGUUUAGUGUACAAAUUCAUACACGAUUUAGUGAAAAUUGGAUCCUUCAUCAUGUCCAUAAUACAUUAAUCAGUGUCAAAGAUAGUGAAACAAUGAUCGACAAUUUGUUAGGCAACAAUCAAACUAAUGAUGAUGAUGAUAUUAUGGUUAUUCAAGAAUCGGUAAAACUACGACUCAAGUGUCCCAUCACAAUGAAGCGAAUGAAACAACCUGUACGUGGACAAAACUGUAAACAUGUGGAUUGUUUUGACCUAGAAGGAUAUUUAAUUGUUAACAAGACACGUAAUCCUGUAUGGCAAUGUCCACACUGUAGUACUGUAGUAGGACCAAAGUCAUUGGCACGAGACGCCCUGACAGAAAAAUUACUGAAAGAGUUGCCAAAGAAUGUUGUAGAAAUUGAGUAUACACAAGAUCACACACAAUACAAAAUGACUCAGUUGGAUGAUCUAGAUUCAGAUGAUAAUGAGCAAACAAUAAAAAAGUCUACAGCCGAUAUAAAUGUCAUUGAUUUGAUUAGUGAUGAUGAAGAAGAAGAGGUUCAGGAUCUAACUUCAAAACGACCUAGAUUGUCUUAAAAUACCAUAAAAUUCUUCCUCUUUAUACCCUCCAAAACGACUUAAAGAAUAGCAUAUUUUUUUUUAUAACUAUUUUUAUUUACGCACACACACACA